AUGUCGAGGAAGGAUGGGGAAAGAGCACUUAAGAAUAUUAAUGGGCCUCGCUCGGAGGGGGCGUGGUCCGCGGGCGGCGCGGGCCCGCUGGACGGCGCGGCGCUGCGGCGCCUGGCCUCGCAGCGGACGGGGGCGGGGGCGGGGGCGGCCGACACGGACAUCGACGGCGUGCCCGUGGACGAAGACAUCGACGGCGUCCCGCUGGAAGGCGAGGCGGACUGUCCGGGUGACUCGGGUCCUGUCGAGCCCGUAGUUGCCGGGUUCAUCCCGUCGCGGUGGGAGAGCGUCGACCCCGCGCCGGCCGCUGACGACCACGUCACCGACACUCCCCGCGCCGACAACGUGGAAUCUCCCCGGGAGGAAAGCGCGACGAGUCGGUCCCGCGCCGACGAACAGCGGCUGUCGCGAGACACGUUACGUGAGAUCGAGGUCCGCGUGCUCAAGUACGCCGACGAGCUGGAGAGUGGCUCGCGAGCGGCGCGACCGCCGCUGACACACGCGCAGCAGUUACAGCACUACCGCCGCAAGAUGAUCAGGAAGGCCCUGCGCGAGUUGAAGGAGGCGGAGCAGGGGGAGGCGGCGUCCCCGCCCCCCGCGCCCGCCGACGACGUCACCUCCAGGAAGACCAAGAAGUCACUCUCGCCGGCGCACAAGAGAUCCAGGCACAGCGAGCGUAAGUCGAGGUCAAGAUCCAGGGACAGAGAAAGAGAAAGAGAGAGGGAGCGAGAUAGAGAACGUGAAAGGGAGAGGGACAGAGAGAGGGAACGGGAGCGAGAGAGACGGCGUCGUUCACCCGCCACACCCCCCUCCCACCAUCGGAAACACUCGAAACAUUCUAAAUAUAAGUAUUAAUCCAGCUUUUGUAUAUUAUUUAUCUUGUCUACAUCAUUAGUAUUAAGGCAGCCACAAAAUGAAUAAAAAUCUAAGUGGUGAAAUCUCCAACAAGAUAAAACACAUCCUAUCAUUGAACUAGAGAUAUCCCAUACCAUGGAGUGAGCCUCGUUUGUAUAAUAUUAAGUAUACGAAAUUAAAAUUUAAAAUUGUAAA